AAUAAAAAUUAGCUUUUACUCACAAACUUGCUACUUUGAGCAAAGUAAACUGUUUGAGUGUUUACUCAUAUUGAUAUGAAUAAAGAUAUGCUUUACUCGGAGUAAGUUCGAAUUCGAAAAUAGCUUUCACUCUGUCAAAACGAUCGGUUUGGUUUGUUGUCAAUGGAGUUGUUUGUUUAUUUUUGUAGCGUUGGAAAUUUAUUCUGCUUGUGGUGCCGUUCGUUGCGAAAUAAAAGCAUGGAUCUGGACGGUAACAACGAUUUUGAAGAAAUAAACGCCGAGUAUAUCGAGAGCGAAUACGAUACUGACAAAGAUGAAGAUAAAUCUCGCUGGGGAGCAAGUGAAACAAGCGGAGAUGAAAUAUUCGUCAGAGUUUUGAAACUUUAUGGAAAGGUUCUUUUGGAGAAAAGUCAAGUUCCUGAAGUGAAACGUAAAAAGAAAACUGCGCUAAAAGUGGUAGAAGAACAGCUUCUGAUUCAGUACGGGAUUUCGAUGUCUGGAAAACAGAUAAGCAAGAAAGUGCAAAAUUUGAAGGCGAGAAUCAAAGAAAAGACGGAUACCAAAGCGACUGGAAACAAAAAAAUCACAUUAAAAAGUCACGAAACAGAUUUUUUUAACAUUAUGGGUGGAAUAGAAAAUCCCAGCGUGUCCAAAAGAUGUUAUGGCGUUUCAUUUGGGUCGACAACUUCACUUGCUGGUCCGUCAAUUUCUGAAGAUUCUACAUUAUAUGAUGUCGAAAACAUGGAUGAAACGGAUCCAAUUCCAAGUACUGAGGAACAUUUGAACGAUACUCUGUCGACGAAGAUCAGAACUAACGUUACACAGCGAGCUAUAUUGGAGCAACAACUGAAACUGAUAAAGGCACAGCAAGAUUAUACAGCUCAACUAAAAGUCCAACAGGAUGAGAGACAUAAAAAAGAAAUGGAGCUGCUGGCACUGAAAAAAGAAGUAGCUCUACUUCAAUUUAAAAUGUUGAGAAACAAUAAUUAUGUGGAAUUGAGUAAUGAAUAAGUAAAUAAGUGCGUAUGUGUGUGCGUGUGUGUGGACGAGUAAUGUA